AUGAAGUCCGUCAGCCUUGCCGCUCUUGCCGGCGCCUUCUUCGCAGGUUCCGCUCUUGCCGACGUGCCCCCCAUCGAGAUCAAGGGCACCAAAUUCUUCUACUCGAACAAUGGCACCCAGUUCUACAUGCGCGGCGUUGCUUAUCAGCCCGAAUACAACGCCGACGCCGCUUCCGCCAGUGACACGCCCAACGACAGGUACAUCGAUCCGUUGGCCGACCCGGACACGUGCAAGCGCGAUCUCGAGUAUCUCAUCCAGCUCCGCACCAACACCGUCCGUGUCUAUGCCGUCAACCCCGACCUCGACCACGAAGAAUGCAUGACGGCCUUCCAGGAUGCCGGCAUCUACGUGGUUGCCGAUCUCUCUUCGCCCGGCCGGUCCAUCAAGUCGGAUGACCCUACCUGGGAUGACGACCUCUAUGACAGGUACACGUCGGUGAUUGACGCCCUCGCUCCCUACAACAACACGCUCGGCUUCUUUGCCGGAAACGAAGUCUCGCACAGGGCAAACAACACGGAUGCCUCUGCGUUCGUCAAGGCCGCUGUGCGUGAUAGCAAGGCCUACAUCAAGGAGCAGGGCUACCGUGCCAUUGGCGUUGGCUACGCCACCAACGACGACGCCAUCAUCCGCGAGCCCAUGGAGGACUUUUUCAACUGCGGCUCCAACGAAGACUCGGUCGAUUUCUGGGGUUACAACAUCUACUCCUGGUGCGGCGAUUCCUCCUUCUCCAAAUCCGGCUACGACAAGCAGACGGAGAAGUUCGCCGACUACCCCGUCCCCGUCUUCUUCGCCGAAUACGGCUGCAACGAAGUCAAGCCGCGCAAGUUCGGCGACACCCCCGUGCUCUACGGCGACGACAUGAACGACGUGUGGUCGGGCGGCAUCGUGUACAUGUACCACCAGGAAGCCAACGAAUACGGCCUCGUGUCCGUCGACGGCGACUCGGUCUCGACUCUCGCCGACUUCAACAACUACAAGUCCCAGAUCGCCAAAGCCACGGCCACGGGCGUGAACCGCGACGACUACGAGCCGACCAACACGCGCGCGCGCGACUGCCCCGCCGUCAACACGGCCUGGGCCGCCACCGCCAGCCCCCUCCCUCCCCGCCCCAACACCGACCUCUGCAGAUGCAUGUACAACUCCCUCUCCUGCAUCGUCUCCCCCGACGUCGAAGUCGCGUCGUACGGCGACCUCUUCGGCACCGUGUGCGGCUCCUCGGACGAGGCCUGCGCCGGCAUCGGCGCCAACGCGUCGACGGGCGUGUACGGCGCCUACAGCAUGUGCAACUCGACCGAGAAGCUCGCCUUCGUGCUCGACCAGUACUACCAGCUGCAGGACGGGUCCGAGUCGGCGUGCGCCUUCUCCGGCUCGGCCACGCUGCAGAGCGCCGUCGAGCCGACGGGCCAGUGCAGCUCGCUGAUGGCCCAGGCCGGCACCGCGGGCACCGCGUCGGUGACGAGCAGCCCCACGGGCGGCGCCGCCGCCACCUCGAGCCAGGGUGCGGCGGCGCCCGGCGCCCAGGUGCCCGGCGUUUUGGGCGUGGCGGUGGGCGCGGGCGUGUAUGGCGUCAUGGCCGUGUUGGCGGGUGUGGGAAUGGUGCUGUUGUAG